AUGUCUGCUUUUAUCAGCUCUCCCAGCGGUGACGAGGCUCCUGUUGCUACCAAAAUCGAACACGUAGGCGGGCUAUCUGGGCACAAAGUUGAGAAAAUCAUCUGCAUUCUCCACUACUUCUCCCGUGUGCUUGGUGAGGAGGGGCCGCCGACGGGCGCAGUCACCUUUUCUCGGCGUUGUCUCAACAAUCCUCCCGACUUCCAGUUAAGCGAAGUCCUGAUUGGUUCCGUCCCCUUCGGCACCAGUUCAACAUGUCGCAUUGAGGAUGCCGGCAGCGACACCAUGCAGGCGAGUAUUACAGCAGACAUUAUGUGGCAGAAUGUAUGCCUAAUUAGAGUCCUUUAAUGCUCUUCCACGUAGAAGAGACUAUUUCGGUGUGACUGCAAUACUCAUUCAAAUGAAACGCGACUCUGCAUUACUUUGUAGUUUCUUGAAUUCACGCGCAUGGGUACGGUGCUUAUUAUUUAUACGUCUGCAGAUGUAGAAUUUCACAUCUGCAGUAGUUCAAUUCGGAAAUCUUUGAGAUUUUUGUCCCUAUCAACUACUCAUUUUGACAGUUUUCUGCAGUAUCGUGACGUGCACCAUGUUUCGCCAACGAAUGAGCGGAAUUUCAAGGAAUUUACUUUUUUCAAUGCAUGAUUCCCAUGCUUUGUGUUUUUUAGCUCACGAUGUGUCUUUUGGGUUGUCAUUUCAACCCAUAUCCAUGUGGAUAUCAUGUAUAUAGACGUCUAAGGAUGUUAGAUCUGGUGAACUUAUGGUCUCCCUGCAACUCCUCCGUCAGACGAACAGUGAUUGCGUAACUUUCUACCCUUGGUAUAAUCAAAGCAGCAUUCGUUUUUCGAGUCCAGCUUGUUGGUGGUUACUGAGUCUUCGACUAAGAUGUGCCCUUAAUUGUGUUAAAACACGGUCGACGCCUUUACUUGAUCGGUAGGCGUCACAUUCACCUGGUUGAAAUGUCCGAGAAGUGGGCCUAACUACGCCAAACGCCGCAAUUAAUCAAGUGUCACAGGAAAACUGGGGUUUUAAGGUUUCUUUGAUUUUGUUGUCUUUAUAAUUCGAAUUUUCGGCGGCUCGGAUACGUGACGUGUAGACAAUGUUUGCUUUUUAUAGCUGCGUACGACGAAUUGUCUUCGAUCUUUUCCCAAAUAACUGUUGCCCUCUUAAAAACAUAUCCACAUAAUGUGAAUAUAUGCACUGCUCACUCAGGGUAGGCUGACAGAAGUUUAAUCAGAAGCCGGCAUUCCACCUUUCAUGCGUAAAUACAGCGAGAGCAUUUAAACAUGCCUUCCUAUCGGACAACCUUUCUAAAAAAUAACAACCAAUUUCUUACGAUUCUGAACUCCUUUUACCGCAUGCUUGCGAUCCAUUUUGGAUAUUCCAAAGUGGAAAAGUGUAAAAGCACGUCUGAUUCAGUGCAGUAUACUAGUUGCCUUCUGGAUCACUUUCGUACACUGCUCUGACGGCAUCAAAUUCGCGGUCGUUAAUAUGCCCAGGUGUUUGUGUUUUGCACAGUAAUAAAAUAUUCCUACUCGGAAUAUAUACUUUUCGGGUGGCACUGGGCUGCAGGACCAUGCACCUAGGUAAAUUUAACUUGAGAAGCCACCUACUCAACCAAGUAUCCAGUUUGUCUAUUUUCAAUCGAAACCUUUUUAACUCACCUACGCAGUUGACUUCACCCCAUAUUUUUACGUCGUUGGCAAACAUGACAGCUUCACAAUCAAAUUCCUGAUGCAGGCAUUCACAUACAUCGGGAAGAGCUGUGGGCCUAAAACAAAACCCUGCCGAACACUACUUUCAGCAUUGACCGAUUCCGUGGUAGAAUUGCCAACAAGUCUGUGUACCCUAGGGGACCUGAAGUUUUGAAUCGAGUUAUACCCCCUUUCCUGAAAUUACUGUUUCCCAAAUCCUCUAUGUAAGGAGAAUUAUAUUUUUAAAUGCAGAAUUUCUCUGAGAGUUAACGGGCUGAUAGUGAGAGGGUAACUUGCUGUGUAUAAUGAUUCAUGGGAGACCCGGCCACCCAGUCAAGUUCGAUGAGGCCGAAAUUCUUGCGAGAGGGAAUAACCGCGUGAGCCGCGAGUUGCUUCAGUCAUGGUUCACGGUACCUCAGUCUAUCAACUAGUUCAACGGCAUCCCCACUCCAUAUUCCGUCCUGAGGCAUAGGCUGGCCAAAGUAAUUGACCACUCGGGAAGCGCGCAGCCGGUGAGCCAGAUGGCCGAGCAAUCAACACGCCAGCAUCAAACACGGGUGAUGAGACUUCAUCAAUUAACAGCUUGCAUGCCGGCCAUCAGGCCAUUAACGCAUCAGCAGGCCAAGAUCCUCGAUGAAGGUGAGAAUAGUUAAUUAUCAUAGAUAUACAGUAACAUAGCGACUGCAUCCUAUAAAUACUGGAACUUCCUGCGCACGAAUCAGCCGUUUCUGUUACUGCCUCCCAGUUAAGAGGAGUGUGUACGUGUGUGUUAUUGCGUGUGGUACUUCUGCUAUGCCAUGUUUCGACAAACCAUGGCCCUCGCGGCCUGGGUGUUCAUUGACAAUUCUCUGGCACCUGGUUCUCUGGUGGUAGAUGCGUUUGCGCUACCGCUGGGUGUGCAGGUCGUGUGCAUGGCCACCCAGUCAUCCAAUUCUUUUCUCUUGUUGUUGUUGCUGUUGGUCAAAAUUUUGGUCAAGUUUUUGUUGUGGAUCAAGGGGCGUAGAGUGGAUCGCCAAUGUACGGGUUCAGUCGCGCCAUCCACCUGUGCCCUCUCCCGCCACCGAUCAUCUGGACUAUUUCUUGACACUGAGCUCAAACGGGGAGGAGGAGAGAGUGCGGUAGAAACAACCCAAGUCUACUCCACUAUAAACUAAUACACGCGCAAGUCACCUUGCCUGCUUCGCCUUGCUGUGGACCACGAUAGUUCGACCGUCGCAUCCGACGAUGUCCACCGUAUGCCCCACAACUGGUGGUGGGAGCAGGGACAGUGACUUGUGCAGGGGGUUUAUAGUGCCAGUAGACUUGCGCUGCAUCUACCUACACUCUCUUCUCCUUCCCCGCCUGAGCCCAGUGUCAAGACAGAGUCAAGAAGACCGGAGACGAGGGAGGCCGCAGGUGGAUAGCUCGGACGGAUCCUCACCUUGGCGCUCCACUCCGCACCCUCUGGUCCACACACAAAUGACCAGGAUUUUUACCGCCACAACAGUAGAGGGCGUGGCAGUGAUCACAGUUGUUCGACGGCUGUCGACAACAGGGACUGCCAGCGCACCCCCUACAUACUGGUAUUUGCUAUUGCGCACAGAUAGAACCUGCCAGAAUCCGACGUGGCCCCCGUGUUGGUCCAGAGCAUCUAACACGUGGCCCGUCUGGGGGGCGUGCUGUGGACCACACUAUGAACAUCAUCGGCAGCGAUGUCGAACUGUAAAAAAGACGAGGAUUACUGGGAUGGUCAUUUCGUGAAGAAACUGUUCAGUACAGCAGACCAAGUAGGUACUGUAAAAGACUUAUGUGUAGCUCUAAUGAACUUUCCAUGCUGACUGAUUGAAUUUUGUGUAUGCAGUAGGGGACUUGUCGGGUAUAAUGAUUUACAUCAACAUUUUUUUAUUCAGUUAUAGAAAUAGACUGAUAGAAGCCUAUUCUCCUGCCUAACUCUGGUAGUAAUCUGUGUCCCUUCCGCAGGUGGACUUUGCAGACCCUCUCAUUGGAGGUGAAUUUCUCCGGUUCGGUUGCGUUCAGGAGGAGAUAAUGUGUGGCAUGCAACCGGAAAUCCUGGCUGGUCGUCUCUUCCUGGAACGUCUCCUGCCGCAUGAAGCCGCUCUGGUCAUCGGGGCUGAGAGAUUCUCCAACUACACCGGUUAUGGGCGCAGUUUCGAGUGGGCGGGAAACUAUAAAGAGGCUGAUCAUUGUAGUUCUCGGUAAGAAAUUGUUAUUUUUGAUAAAAUGUUUGCUGCUAACAAAAUGGCUAGCUUAAGUGUCCCCUCACGCAAAUGUCUUAGAGUCAUCUUGUGUGUGUAUGUGUGUACAUGUUGGCCUCGCCUUGACAGAUCUAUCUGACUAGUUUUUUGCUACCAGCAUGGUGCUUUUUUCGACAGAAGUUAAGAUGCAAGUUCCAGGAAGCAGUUCAGAAGAAUGGCAUGCGACUGUUGGAUCAGAACGUUUAUUCGCCCUACCUUUCGGAUCCCCACUCGAACCCAUUACUGAAUUUUUCGUCAAAGAAAAUUUCGGCACUUUUGACCAUUCCUCGAAAAAUAUUCAUCGUUUAGUAGAGGUUUCACAAAAACUCUUAUGAAUAUCUUUUUGAAAAUGUUAAAUAUAAUUCUCGGGUGAUUAGUUGACGAGCUGAAAAAGGAAGAUCGUGAUAUUCGAAGAGAGUUGUUCAAAGAUUAUCUCUUUAUUAAAAAAACAAAAGACCUGUUCGUAGUUGUCCAUGGAACAUAUUUACGCCCACAUUAGGAUCUAUCUUACAGUUCCCUUCUACCUCCAUGAAAUCUUAACCGGAAUUCUGAAAUGCGUUUUAGAUUGGGAUUAUUUAAGUGGGGAUGUAAUGUUGACCAUGUUGCCACGUAAUCGCGUGAUAUUUCAGCCUCCACACUAUUUUGGCUUUUAAAUGCACUUCUUUCGGUCGCCCCCAAUAACCGUGCUCGGUAAAAAAAUUGUCACUUUUUCACAAUGUACUUUAUCGAUUUUCGAUGCCCUUGUCAAUUUAAAAAUAUUUUGCAGGAAUCACGCACAUAAAUAUUCUUCCUUGUACUAAUUUGGUAGCGAAUCAUGCCUUCUUCCAAUUUUAUAUUCAAAUAAAGAGUAUCUUUCGGUUUCGAAAAAGUUUUUCAAUCUCCAAACAACUUUGAACUCGAUCUGCCGUUGCACGUUUGUUUAAGGUUUUCGGCUGGCGGGCUGUAUACUUUCCAUUUAAAUAAAAACAUACAUUCCCAUAUGCCAUUAGGAAAACACCAUGAGGCUCAUGAAAUGUCGCAAUAGAUGGGGACUAUGCCGCAUUCUUAGUAAGGAGCAUUAUUAAACUGCCAUACAUGAUGCCAUUCGAGUGUGCAUUGCACGGUCUUAAAAAAUCUCAUAAUUAUAAACUUUCGUAAAACCGGUUUAUACCCCUUCUCCGAGUAUGAAAUUUGAGUAAGACGUGAUUUUCUACCAAAUGAGUACCAGAAAGGAUACUUUUGUGCGCGUUUCUUGCAAAAUACUUUUGGACUGAUAAGUUCAUCGAAAAUCGAUAGAAAAAGUGUGUUGUAAAUAAAUAUUCAUUUUGACCGAGUGUGGUUGUUGCAGGCGACCGCAAAGAAGUGCAUUUAAGAGUCAACAUGCUGGCGCGUCUGAAAUAUCACUGGGUUGCAUGGCAAGAAAUUCAAUAUUACAGUCCCAAUUAAGUAAUUAUUCCUAAUCGAAAAUGCAUUUCAGAAUUUUGGUUAACAAUCUCAUGAGAUGAGUUACUGACUUUAUUUCCCAGUUUUUAAGUACUGUUCGUCCUCAUUUCCGAAUUUAGGGACACCAAUGUUCGGAGGAAGAAAGUUAUUGUCGUGAUUGAUGCUACUCACUUUAGAGACCCUUCUACACAGUUUCAGGAGACCCACCUUCGCCGUGAAUUAAAUAAGGUUUGAUUUUUCUAUGCAAUUGAAUACCAUCCUUAUAUAAAACAUGCGUUCUAGCCCAGCCUUUUAUAGUAUUCUUCUCGUUUUGGCUUUUCUUAUUUUUUGAAGGCUUACAUUGGGUUCACUGACAUGGCAACCCCUCACCAACCCCUGCCGAGCGUUGUUGUCAGUGGCAACUGGGGAUGUGGUAUCUUCAAGGGCAAUAAAGCCCUCAAAGGUAUCCCAUGUUUCUCCGUCUGCCAGUGUUUAUUAAGUAAGGGGGCAUUUAUUAUAGCGCACCCAGCGUUCCGUCAAAAUCGACCGGCUAAAAGCAGAUUCAUCCAUUUUUUCCGCUAAAAGUGACAUUCAAUUUUAAAUCGCGAGGCGUUAUUUCUUAAUAAAGUGGUAACACUCCCCGUUAACUACUGACAGUUUCUGGCGACGAAGGGCCUAACAACUAGUCGCUAUUGGUUUUUUAAGCUCGCCCCUGACCAGGGCCCUAUUCAGACCGUCUUGCAUGCAUUUUAUGCCUUGACAAAUUACUUCUUUGUGGGUAUUGCAGCCAGUUUGUCAGGCCUACUUAUGGCCAGACAGUCAUAAAACAGGUGCCUUUAAAGGGAUGUAAAUGCCGCGAUUUCAGUCAGAUUAAUUUACCAAAAUGCUCCUGAUUUAGAUGACUACACAGUAAACAGUAGGUUUUGCCUUCUGUUCUUAUCUUUGAAUCUGGACCCGGUUAUUAGGGGUCGGAUUGAGCACCCUUCAGAGCAAUGCUUGCGUGGUGUUGGGUCUUGUACGGAUUGAGAUUAGUUCUGUCCUUAGCCCCGCCGUCAGGGGUACACGAAACCCUCGCAUAUAACUGGCAGAUAACCUUUCUUGGCUUGCAGAACACGGUACUCUAUACUUGAUUGCCAACGGAGGACGAGGAUUGGAGGAAGGCUCGAGUCACUUGUUUGGGAGUUUCACACCGACCUUUCAUGCCUAAUUAGAGUCAGCUCUGCUGACCAGGUAUUUAUUUCCAAUGCCUUUGUGACUAGCUCUCUUUUACUCUGUACUCCUAGGUCACCCCGUAGACUUGAUCCUAAACAUAUGGUGGAUGUGCUAUCUCAUGGAAUUUUAA